AUGGUUAGUAUGGCUGUAAAACUAGAAGAAAGACUGGCGCCGUCCCUAGAGCUUCCUAUUGCAAAGAAACCAAGGGUGAAAAGUGAACUGGGAGACUCUUUGAAAGAGACGAAAGACACGAAAUCGCCAAAACAAACAACAAUAAAGGCGCCAGGCCAAGUCAUUGUACGUACAGCGCAGGCUUGUGAUCGUUGUAGAGCGAAAAAGUCUCGGUGCGAUGGAAAGGUGCCCGAUUGUUCGUCAUGCUUAGCAGUUGGAAUUAAAUGUAUUGUUUCUGACAAAUUGACGAGACGGGCAUUUCCCAAAGGUUACACGGAAACAUUGGAGGAGUACGUGCGGCAGUUGGAGGCCGAAAAUUCGAAAUUGCAGGGCUUGGUCCAGCUUCGAGACCAGCAAUUGGCUCAAAAUGGGGUCCUGGCCAGUGAACAGGGUGAAAGAACCGAUGUGCCGGCUGCAAAAGACUCUAGUUCGAGCUUCGGAAAUGGUGCCAGUGCUGGAGGCGAUAGCAGCGACCCUCUUCACGGAAAACGGAUCAGUUCAGGUUCCGGAUCGGCGAAGGAAAAUCGCCACAAAGAACUGGAUGCAGAGGGCCACCAGCAUACGAAAACUUGCGCAUGUUGCAUUGAUGCCAUGGAGGGCCGCUCCGUCCACGAGAGACCUGUAUCUCUUGCGGGAGCCAACUCAGCAUUAUCUAUGGUUAACGAUGAUGAUUCAGCGCCUAGAAGAAAUAGCCACGAGUCACACGUCGGUCAAAGACCUGCUCCUGGUGCUUUUGCUGCUGCUUCUGCUAUCGAGCAGAUGCACAAGGGAUACACUGUGAAUGAAACUAGCAAGCAGCAACUCCUCACGAAUCUUGUGGCUGCCGCCAUCCCCAGAAGUACCGAAGAGACCCUUUUUGUGCCUACAGUUUUGGCCAAAGUAUGCCAGGUUCAUGGAUACAACUCUGCCGCAGCCAAAAUGACCGCUAAAGCAAUUGCACUGCUCAAAGAAUACGAUUCCCGUUCCCACUCUCAUAGCGAAAGUCUUCCAGGUUCCGAAAAGGAUAUUUUGGACAUAAUCAUGGAUGUGGAAAGCGCGAAAUUAGACCAGGCUCAGUCAUACCAGUUUUUAAUUGGUUUACAGCUUCCGUCUCAAGCUGAGCUAGAUUACCUUUUGGGAGUAUAUUUCCAAAACUGGGGAUGUGUGCUACCCAUCUUGGACCAAGGGGUUUUUGUCCAAAAUUAUAAUAGGUUCUGCCAGGCCAGAGACAGUGGCAUGUUAUCUCAAAAUUUGGUUCACAGCUUCGAACUGUGGGAGAAGUUGGGUGCUCUUCUUGUACUCACUACAUCCAUGGCACUUCUCUCAUUGAAAAGCCACUACUUGAAUUCAAACAACGCAGCAGAACUAGAGCUUUAUCAUAACCGUUUGAGCAAGUACAAUCGCUUGAUCUGUCAAUUCAUCCGUCCAAACUGUAUUUUGACGAAGCAUUGCUCUAUCGAAUCCUUGCAGAUCCUUGCACUCUCCCUUCACUACUGUUUAGCUGUGGGAGAUGUGGCUACCUCAUACGAGCUUCGAGGUAGAAUGAUUACCAUGGCCCAACAACUUCGUCUCCAUCGUUGUCCUGCUGCAGUUUUAGGAUUAAGCAAAGACCCAAACGACGUCAAUCUUUAUAAAUUCAUGCAAGCAGAACGCAGAAUAUUGUUUUGGUGCGUAUACUGUCUCGAUUCUUAUUCAUCUUUGAUCUUGGGUCUCCCAAGGCUUCUCAAAGAUAAUGAAGUGGAAUGUGCCAUGCCAUUUAGCGAUGCAAAUGCCGUGGGAAGCAACGACAGCGAGUCAGUUUUGGUUGUUAACAACACUCGUCUUACCAUUUUCGGUAAAGUCACUCAAAUCGCUCUCUGCUUCAUGCAAUACUGUAAAGUGCUUGGAGGCAUCGUUGACCUGGUAUUUUCCAGAUCAAGAGACUCGAACGAAAGAGAGAGGGCUGCUAAUCAGGAUAGGAUUCUUGACUGCUGGCGUCGGGACCUCCCUCUGGACUUGAAGUUCGAACUUGACGUCAAUGGCUUCUCCCUCAAAAACUCAAACAAUCAAAACUCCACAGACUGGGCUCUGUACUCGCCACAUCAGAUUUUGUCGAUUUAUCUCUAUUAUCAUGCCAAGAUUUUGAUCUAUCUUCCUAUCUUGUCUAAGUAUGGUAACCACCAUAAUGUUGGUUUGUCUGCUAAGGAGCAAUUGGAAUUGGAUCAUUCCAACAGGAGCACUGUCGUCACGAGCAUGUCCAUGAUUCAACAAUCUUCAAUUCAGAUCUUGGAACUCCUAAAGAAUGCUUCUGUGACAUUCCUGUAUCUCCUUCCAAUUCCUCUCAACAUUCCUAGAGAACAAGCUCGGUUUGCUCUCUUGGUAGCCAAGGGAUCCAUUGACUACAUAAAAGGCGGAGUGCUCCACCAAAGUCUGAAAGAGAUUUUGCUUGAAACUUUCAAGUUAUUCCGUGCGGAUACAGAGAAGGGUAUACUAGGGGCCUUGUCGACGAACUCCACCAAUCUACUUGAACUUUCCAUUGCAAGUGUGCUUGGCUUCAAAGCAUCGGACUUGAAGGUGAAAUCAUCUAAACUAGCACCUAAGAGACGUCUGUCUUCUAACCCCAAAUUAUUAGAGAAAAGUCUGGCCAGUUCAGCAUCCAGCACUGCCAAUGUUCCAGAUCCCCUCCAGCUAUUAUCGAGCAUGCCUAUCGUUGCGCAGGCGCAUGAUACGCAUCUAAUCUUCGACAAUCGCUCAAUUGAUCCAGUUGAAUCUUCUCAGCAAGAAGGUGGCAGGUCUGAGACAACUCGUCAGUCUACUGAGUUAGAGACAGUCAUGGACAAUUACGGAAUGCAUCAGUUAGAACAUACUGCCAGUACAAGUUCGGCCGAUACCAAUGAUGGACGCAAAUUUGAUUUCGAAAGCGCAUACUCAGACCUUUUUACCUUUGAUCCUUUCAAGAACGAAUUCAACAACGAGCUCAUGGUCAACGAGUUCGUGGCUGACGGCUCACUAGGCCUCUUCCCAUUCUUGGGCGAAGAUCGUUCUCGUCUAGAUGACGAUCGUUUCAGUGAUUGCAUGGGAGAAGAGGGUGCUUUCUCGUAUUGA